AUGGGCGUCGAGAUUCCAACUGAGCAGUGGGCGCAGGUCUGCAAGCAGGUCGGCGGACCUCUUGAGUACAAGAAGAUCCCCGUCGCCAAGCCCGGCCCCGAUGAGGUCCUGGUCAACGUCAAGUUCUCUGGUGUGUGCCACACCGACCUGCACGCCAUGAAGGGCGACUGGCCCCUGCCCGUCAAGAUGCCCCUCGUCGGUGGCCACGAGGGUGCUGGUGUUGUCGUCGCCCGCGGCGAGCUCGUCAAGGACCUGAAGGAGGGCGACGAGGUCGGCAUCAAGUGGCUCAACGGCUCCUGCCUGUCCUGCUCCUACUGCAUGACUGCCGACGAGCCCCUCUGCGCCGAGGCCCAGCUUUCUGGUUACACCGUCGACGGCUCCUUCCAGCAAUACGCUGUCGCCAAGGCCGCCCACGUGGCCCGCAUCCCCAAGGGCGUCAGCCUCGAGGCCGUUGCACCCGUCCUCUGCGCAGGCAUCACUGUCUACAAGGGUAUCAAGGAGUCCGGUGUCCGCGCCGGCCAGUGGAUCGCCAUUGCCGGCGCCGGUGGUGGCCUGGGCAACAUGGCCCUGCAGUACUGCAAGGCCAUGGGCAUCCACACCAUCGCCAUCGACGGUGGCGAGGAGAAGGGCAAGGCCACCAAGGAGCUGGGCGCCUCGGCCUACGUCGACUUCUUCACCUCCAAGGACCUCGUCGCGGACGUCAAGGCCGCCACGCCCGACGGCCUGGGCCCCCACGCCUCCAUCCUGCUCGCCGUGUCCGAGAAGCCCUUCCAGCAGGCCGCCGACUACGUCCGCCCCCGUGGAUCCGUCAUCUGCAUCGGCCUGCCCGCCGGCGCCCGCAUCUCGGCCCCCGUCUUCGAGAGCGUCGUCCGCAUGAUCUCCAUCAAGGGCAGCUAUGUCGGCAACCGACAGGACACCCAGGAGGCGCUCGACUUCUUCGCGCGCGGCCUCAUCACCGCCCCCUUCAAGACGGUCGGCCUCAGCGAGCUGCAGAGCAUAUUCGACAAGAUGGCCGAGGGCACCGUCGUCGGCCGCUAUGUCGUCGACACCAGCCGAUAA